AUGCUGUACCUCAAGGUGUCCCUGUCUGACUUCCUGACCCUCUUCAGCGCGCGCACCCAUGACGGCUUCUUCUGGUCCUCCAUCCCCUCAUACCUCCUGCUCACCGGCGCCUGCAUCUCCAUGGGCAUCUCCACCAUCAUCGCCUGCCUCUGGCCCACCAACGCCGGCGACUUCUGGACUGACGGCCUCACCGUCGAGGGCCUCGCGCUGUCCGAGUACAAGCUGUGGGCCCUGUGGGUCUGGAUCUACUGCAUCAUCUGGUGGUGGAUCCAGGACCUCUGCAAGGCGUCGACCUAG